CGCGAUCCGAGGACUGGGAGAGCCAUGGACGAAAAAGCCAGCCUUCCUCCCUACAGCGCGUCGGGGCUGCCGCUGCCGGCCUCUGGAGAUGCGCAUUUCCGCGCUCGCCGCGCUGGAUUGCGCCGGUCCCGUGUCUUGAAGUUUUUCGCUGCCACCUGUUUGACGCUCCUGGUGGCCGGGCAAUGGAAGCAGAUCUGGCGCGAGGAUGCCAAGGGGCCGUUGCUGUCGCUGGACAAGCUCAACGAUGACCUACAGACCUGCCAGAAGCUCAGGCACACGCCGCAAGAUCCCAUCGGUCUAGGACGAGACAAGAACGCCAGAUGGAUUCAAGGCGGCAAGCCUACCCUCAUCAAGAACGCUACCAUCUGGAUUGGCGAGCCUGUUGAGGGCACGAGUGAGGCUGAUGCCAGAGCCGGCAAGGGCUGGGAAUGGAUCCAUGGCGAUGUGUUGCUGGAGUAUGGCCUGAUAAAGCGAGUCGAAGCCCACAUCUCGUCACGGGCAAUUCCGCAAGACACCCAAAUCUUUGAUGCUGCGGGACGUCAGCUCACGACUGGCAUCAUUGACAUGCACAGCCAUGCUGGCGUCGACUCUUUGCCAUACCUGAGCGGCUACGCCGAUACCAAUGAGGUCUCUGACGACAUCACGCCGUGGGCACGAUCCAUUGAUGCCAUCAACACUUUCGAUCCCCAAAUUCAAGUCAUCAAGUCUGGCGGCGUUACAACUUCUCUCAUCCUUCCCGGCUCCGGCAAUAGCAUGGGUGGUGAGGCUUACACCAUUAAGCUCGCUGUUGGUCCCAGAAACGGUCGCAAAGAAAUCAGCGCGCAAGACAUGCUGGCCGAUCCGGACCGCAAUUGGCGUUUCAUGAAGAUGGCUUGCGGAGAGAAUCCCAAGAGAGUGCACGGAGGCAUCGACAAAAGGCCGGCCAGCCGCAUGGGCGAAAGCUACAACUUUAGACACGCCUUUGAGGAGGUCCGGGCUCUGAUCCAGCGCCAGGAUGAUUGGUGUGACAAGGCCGAUGCCAUUGGCGUGGAGAAUAUGAACGAGUACUUGCCACAGGAACUGCACUGGGAGUCCCUUGCCGCAGCCCUUCGUGGCCAGGUCCAUAUCAACACCCACUGCUAUACCAUUACCGACCUCGAGGCCAUGGUGGAUCAUACAAAUGAGUUCAAGUUCGCUAUCCGAGCCUUCCACCAUGCUCAUCAAACUUAUCUAGCUCCUGAGAUCCUCAAGCGCACGUAUGGAGGUCGGCCACCCGCGUCUGCCCUGUUUGCCGACAACAUGUACUACAAGACCGAAGCUUACAUUGCGUCUGAGCAUGCCGGCAAGUAUCUCUACGACGCCAACCUCACCACUGUAUACGUCAGCGACAACCCCGUGCUCAACGCUCAGCACGUCCUUUUUGAGGCCGCCAAGGGAUAUCAUUAUGGACUGCCUUAUCACGCCGCUCUCUCUGCCGUCACCAGCGCGCCUGCAGAGCUGCUUGGUUUUGGGAAGAGACUAGGAAAGGUCAAGCCCGGUUUCGACGCCGAUAUUGUAGUUUGGGACAGUGACCCUCUGAGCGUCGGAGCUACGCCCGUCCAGGUGUGGAUCGAUGGCACCGCGCAGUUUGAUAGCCCUGUUGAGCUCUUGAAACCUGCGGCGGGCCCCAUUGUGCCCGAUGAGGCUCUGGCUGAUAUCAUUGAAGAGCCAACCGAGAUCCAAGAUGUCGUUUUCCACGGCAUUACCAAGGUCCUCUUGUCUGACGAUCAAAUUCUGGAGUCUAACGAUAAGCCUUUGGAUGUAUUUGUCUCCGGAGGCAAGAUUGCUUGUAUCGGCCCAUGCAGCUCUGAAUACGAGGCGGUUGUCAAGGCUGCCAAGGUCCAUGUCGAGCUGACCAACGGCUAUCUCACCAACUCAUUCACAGGCGUCGGUGGUACCAUUGGAUUGAACGAUAUCGACGGAGAAGAUGUGACGGACAAUGGGCCCAACCCGGUCGCCUUCUCUCGUGCCGUCGAUGGGCUUCGAUUGGAUAGCAAGAAGCUCAACGUUGCCGCCAAGUACGGCGUGACCAAGGGCAUUUCGGCACCAAAGCUCUUGGGCGGCAAAUCCCACCACGGCACCAGUGUUGGCUUCCUCACUGCGGCCAAAACGGUCGCUGAAACAGACGCCGUGUUUGACGCUGAUGUGGCCGUCCAUUACACUCUUGACCUUAGCUCUCGCAGACUCGGUAGCUAUUCCCAGUUAUUUGGCCUGCUGCGAAGCAAGCUCCUGGCCGCUGCUUCCAAUGGUAAGCCAGCUGAAGACCCCUUUUCAGAAUUGGCCAACUUGCAAAAGGUCAUUGCUGGAAAGAAGGUGUUGGCCCUGACGAUCGACAAUGCCGAUGGCAUCGCGACGGCAUUGAGAAUCAAAUCCGAAGUCGAGGAGAUCACUGACUCCAAGAUUAAGCUGGCUAUUCUCGGCGGUUCGGAGGCGCAUCUUGUUGCGACAGAGCUUGCGGCCGCAAAGGUCGGUGUCAUCUUGCUCCCGCUUCAAGCGCAUCCGAACAACUGGGACCAACGUCGCUCGCUUCCCGGCGCGCCACUGUCAAAUGGCACUACCAUCGAUUACCUGCUCGACGCCGGCGUCACUGUGGCAAUUGGUUUGCCCGAAGACUGGUAUGUGCGCGAUCUGGGCUUUGAAGCCGGCACGGCCUACCACAACGGCAAUGGCCGAUUGACGGAGAAGACGGCGCUGGAUCUCGUCAGCGUCAAUGUCCACAGAAUCCUCGGUGGCAAGCUGCCAGAGGCUCAGGCAAAGAGUCAUUUCAUUGUGAGUGAAGGAAGUCCGCUGGAGAUUGGAUCCCGAAUCAAGGCCGUUGGUGCCGGACGAGACAGGGUGGCUGUAUUUCAGUGA